AUGGCAGUCUCAAGAGGAAUGCAUUGGAAUGUGCAUGAAUCGCUGAAUCGCCGUGACAUUGGGCGUGUCCUUCGUCUCGCGCGCUGCUGCCUGGUGACCUUGAUCGCCUGGCAGCUGAACUUUCUUUUUCGAGGCCAUGUGGGACAGGUGUUCGGACGAUGCAAGCCACGUACGACGAUGCUCUGCUACAAGGAGCUUCCUCUGCUGGAUGAAGAGAGCAACUCGCUCUUCCUGCUACUGCGAGGAAUGACCACUGUGAGUUUCUGCCGGCCAAGCCCACCGCCGCUGCGGUGGCUCCAGCGGCGUUUGACCGCCGUGGUGGAGAAAAACCCUUGGCUUGGAGGGAAACUGCGUCGAGUGGAGGAGUCGGUGAGGCUGUGCUUUUCGGAGGAGGUCCUUGAUGAGCGAAACCUGGCGUUGUCAGUGGAGGUCGUGGAGCCCAUGAACAUCACUUCCAGCACUCCCUACGAGGUCAUCAGCCAGCGGAUCAGUGGAUCUCCAGCUGAAGUGAGGUCAGGGCUGGUGUGCCUGGAGAACUCCAGCGAGCCCUUGCUCCGUGUCUCUUUGUCUGAUGGCAAGCUGAACGAGUUCGCACUCGUGGUCUCGAUCUCGCACAUCAUCGCAGAUGGGCACACGUACUACAAACUCUUCAGUAUGCUGACCCAGGACAUCCCAGUGGUCUCCUUGAAUCCUUCACGGAAGCUUCACUUCCACCGACAACGCCUGGCUGCUGUCGGUGAGAGCGAAUACGACUUCAUCUACUCGCCUGGGUAUGUUUUGAACUGCCUGGGCAGCAAGGUUCUCUAUGGCCGGCCCAGGUGCCGAGCGUAUUUGGUGGAUGCUCAAAAGAUGAACGAUGUCAAGGUCCGGGAAGCGGAGACACACCACGAUCUGUCCUUUGUCUCAACGAACGAUGUGCUAACCUCCGUCUUCGCACGCCUCAUUGCUGCACGAGUUUGCUCCAUGGCGGUGAACUUCCGACAUCGCCUGCCAGGGAUUCUGGAGGAGGAUGCAGGAAACUACCAGGGCCUCCUUUGCUUGUGCCCCUCGGACUACGCCUCACCCGGCCUCGUGCGCACGAGCCUGGUGCGCGGGAAAGACACCGCUGUCUUUCGCCGCUGCGGUCGUGAGCCGGCUGAGCCGCUGCCAGACUUCUGGGAGACCUUGAGCUCGCGGCUGGCCGUCAUCACUAGCUGGGCAUUCCAGGGUGACCCUGGUCUCGAAGGAUGUGAGAUGAUUCUUCAUUUGCCUCAUUUCGACCUCGAUGAGGUGAACUCUGACAUGGCUGUGAUCUUCAGGCCACGUGCUGGGCAGCUCGCGGCUUUGCUGAUGUUGGAGCAGGGCUUGACUUUUGAAGAAGCCUGGAGCUUAUGCGAGAGGAAGCGGCCGAUCGUGUAUCCAAAUGUCGGCUUCCAGCAGCAACUCCGGUAUUUGGAGAAGAUCAUGACGAAGGUGGUGGACUUCAAGGCAUGCUCCGAGUCGAAAAAGACCAGCGCAACGGAACUCUUCAGAUGCUAUGGUCGCACUGGUGUGGUCGGUGUGCCAGGUACCUUUACAGGCACAACAGGCUUUGGUGCAUGGCUAGCGUAA